AUGGCGCCUCGCGGCGCGGGCGUCUGCCUGACGCCGAGCCCGCGCAGCGAGGCCGCGUCGCCGCGGCCCGGGGCCCCGCCCGCCCUCGGCGAGGCGCCCGGCGCGGGCGAGCUGCCGCCCGGCACCCCGAGGGACCCAGUCGUGACCUGCAGCCCAGGCGUGCCGCCCACGAGCCCUGCGGGAGCGCUUGGGCCUGACACGCCGCCCACCGACCUGGUUGGGCUCUCCGGCCUGGACGCGCCGCCCACACGCCUGAGCGAGGUGCCCGCUGGCCACAGCAGACCGUCGAGCCUGGAGGAGUGGUACAGCGGUGAGUGCAGACCGAGGCCACCCAGCCUUGACACGCCGCCCGCGAGCCCCAGCGUGGCGCCAGGUCUGGGCGAGGUGCCCGCCAGCCCCAUCCAGAGGCCGCCGAGCCUGGAGGAGUGGCGCGGUGCUGCCGGCAGGCCGCCCAGCCCAGACGCACCUCCCAGGGCUGUACACAGCAGGCCGCCCAGCCUGGACACGCCGCCCGCGAGACUCAGCACGGCGCCCGGCCUGGACGAGGUGUUCAUGGGCUCAGGCCGGAGGCCGCCCAGCUUAGACACGCCGCCCGCGAGACUCAGCACGGCGCCCGGCCUGGACGAGGGUUUCAUGGGCUCAGGCCGGAGGCCGCCGACCUUCGACAUGCCGCCCGCGAGUUUCAGCGUGGCACCUGGCCUGGGCGAGGUGCCCGCGAGCCCAACGCAGAGGCCGCCGAGCCUGGAGGAGCGGCGCGGUGCUGCGGGCCUUCCGCCCAGCCCUGACGCGCCGCCCGCAUGCCCCAGCGCGGCGCCAGGCCUGGGCGAGGUGCCCGCGAGCCCAACGCAGAGGCCGCCGAGCCUGGAGGAGCGGCGCGGUGCUGCGGGCCUUCCGCCCAGCCCUGACGCGCCGCCCGCAUGCCCCAGCGCGGCGCCAGGCCUGGGCGAGGUGCCCGCGAGCCCAACGCAGAGGCCGCCGAGCCUGGAGGAGCGGCGCGGUGCUGCGGGCCUUCCGCCCAGCCCUGACGCGCCGCCCGCAUGCCCCAGCGCGGCGCCAGGCCUGGGCGAGGGGCCCGCGAGCCCAACGCAGAGGCCGCCGAGCCUGGAGGAGCGGCUCGGUGCUGCGGGCCUUCCGCCCAGCCUCGACACGCCGCCCGCGAGCCCCAGCGCGGCGCCAGGCCUGGGCGAGGUGCCCGCCAGCCCCAUGCAGAGGCCGCCCCGCCUGGAGGAGCGGCGCGGUGCUGCGGGCCUUCCGCCCAGCCUCGACGCGCCGCCCGCGAGCCCCAGCGCGGCGCCAGGCCUGGGCGAGGUGCCCGCGAGCCCCAUGCAGAGGCCGCCGAGCCCGGAGGAGCGGCGCGGCGCUGCGGGCCUUCCGCCCAGCCUCGACGCGCCGCCCGCGAGCCCCAGCGCGGCGCCCGGCCUGGGCGAGGUGCCCGCCAGCCCCACGCAGAGGCCGCCGAGCCCGGAGGAGCGGCGCGGCGCUGCGGGCCGGCCGCCCAGCCCGCGCGCGCCUCCCAGGGCCGUGCCCGGCGGGCCGCCCAGCGCGGGCACGCCGCCCGCGAGGCGCGGCACGCCGCCCCGGCGGGGCGAGGCUGCAGCGGGCCCGGGGCGCUGGCCGCCGAGCCUGGACAUGGACGACGCGGACAUGGACUCGCCGCGCAGAGGCCCCGUCAGGCCCGGCGUGCCGCCUGGUGCCGCUGGCAGGCCGCCCAGUCCAGAGAGACCGGAGCCGCCCCGGCGCACCUCCGCGCCGCCGGCGGGCCGCCGGGACGAACCCAGCGCGCUUCGGGUGGUGCUGCGGACGCCGCACCGGCUGAACCUCCGGGGCGCGCCACAGGCGUCGGGCAGCGGCGGCCGCGCCGGCCUUCUGCAGCCGCGGGGCGGGCGCUCGACGCCGCAGCGUGGUGGACGCAGCCAGAUCGGCCGCGGUGGCGGCACAGUCUCAGCAACGCCGCACCACUCGCCGCGUGGGGGGACGCUGCACUGACAUCCCGCCAGGGAGACGGCGGCGCCCUGCGCCGGACGGAGAGCGGGCCGACCGAGGGCAGGAGAGCUAACGAACCAUGCGGGCCCGCGCGGGGGGCCCUCCGCGCGCCUCGCCCCCCGCGCCCGCACGCUGGGGGCUGCGGGGGCCCGCGACCGCCCUCAAUGCAGGGCGCAGGGCGCUGGCCGCCCCCGCUGCCGUCGGGCUGGCCGGGGCGGACGAGCGAA